AACUAUUCGUUGUUUGCGAAAUAAUCAGGAUGAAUACGUGAUUCAUAUUUGAUCGGAAAGAAACAGAAGAAGAACGAUUUCUUUGAUUUGCAAGAUGCAGUUUUUCUUUUUUGCGUGGUGAUUUUCUGCUCUUUCUUUCCACGUCUAUCGCGCGGUCUGCCGCUGAUGCUUCUCCUCUAAAGGAUCAUCUUGGUCGUCUAGACGGUUGUACUGGCUCCAACUAUAGACGGGGGCAGACGGCAAUUAUUCUUCUGUGCUGGGAAGGUGCUGGUGUAUCUUUCAGCGGGUUUCUUGUCCCGCUCAUCGUCCAUGUGGUGCUGACUAUAGUCGUUGCAAGUCACUUGCAGCUGAAGCGGAAUUGCGAACUACAAUAGAAAGAAGUUCAAGCUCUUGACCAUCCUUCACGACUGGACGAAGUCAAACUAGGACCGAAAAGAUCAAGCAUAAGGAAGCACCCGCUCCAUCUCUCGAACGGAAGUAACGGGUUGCUAGACCUUCUUUCUCCGCCGAGAGAUUCACUCCUCGAUCAAGGCGAUUUCUCCACUGCGGUUCCGGGAAUAAAAAGAUACAACCUGACGGAGAAUUUGGACGGUGCGGCGCUUGAAAAGCACGAAAUUCGUGCGAGGCAACGUCAACGUGGAACUCAAUAAAGUUACUUCUCAAAAAAACAUAUAUUUUUUCAACAACUGCUCGCAACAAGUUGUAGCCAUGCUCUGACCUGACUUCAUCUACACGACGGAGUAGAAGCGAUAAAUACCAUCCAUCUACUGAGUGCUUUGAUGCGCAUGCGCCAGCGAACUACGCAUGCCAUCUACCGGGAGUGAGGCGCAAAGCUGAUUUUGCUUUUUGUCUCCUUUCGAGAGGAAUUCUCCAGGAAGUAACUUUCCGUCGCGUCUCUGCGUCCACUACAGCAACGACGUCACGAACUCGUUGGAAGGAAGGAAGACGAAGAUCACGAGGAGUUUGCUUCUUCUUUAUCGGAUUUCGAAUUAAUACUGAUCGAAAAUGGGAAAGACUGCCGGACCGGGAGUCCUUCCGGAGACGGACUUAAAGGAGACGCACAAAGUUUUCGUGAGUUUUAUGAGAUGAGUAUAACGUUACAAAGUGGAGGGUAGCCCUGCGUUCCCGGCAGGUCCCCAUCUAAAAGUCCAUAGCCACAUGAUAUCGUUCAAUGGAGUGUAUGGUUUUUUUUUGUCACUUGCAGUCAGGCAGCACGAUGAGUUUGUAUGUGAGUAUGAAGUUGUUAGUAGAUAAGCUACUACUAGACGUAAGUUUGUUAGUAGACGAGGCCAGCGCCAGAAUGACAACCACACGACCUGCUGAGCUGUCGCUGUCCGAGGUACAGAUAUCAAGACAUCAAAAAUAGAGGCCUUUUUUUCAUAUCCUGCGCAACAUGUGGGAAGGAAGGACCGUUUGGAGAGCUCCUGUGCUACUACCACUGCAAGUACCACCAGCAUCGGGUAUACCUCUGCUCGCUACAAUGCCAGCAGAAAUUCAAGAAGCUCAACGAAAAGAAAAUCAAGGAGCAAACGUAUUUAUUGUAUAUUAGAGUAGUUUAUAGACGCUGGGCGGCUGGGCACGCUGGGCUACGCUGGGUGGCUGGGCGGCCUCGCUGGGCGGCAACGCGGGGCACGCUGGGCGGCAACGCGGGGCGGCAACGCUGGGCACGCUGGGCGGGCGCAUGGAUGGCGCUUAGCGGACUUGAGGGCCACACAUUGGGCGUGCCGAGCCUCCGCGGCCGGUGGAUUUACUUGCGCCGCGGGGACGCGGUGCAGCGCGUCCUCCCCGUGAGGACAAACAAAGGCGGCGCGCCGCCCUCAUUCAAGGUUCAGAACAGCGCUGGCGCAGUGCUGCGCCAGUUUGCUCAGCAGCGGGCUGCGCGGCAUCUGCUCUGUUCAGGCUUCGACGCGUGCAAUGCUGCGCCGCUCCUGUGCACAACGGUAAGCUCGCCGCCGUCGUUGGCCUUGCCCUACGCUAGACUAGCGCCGCCGGUGGGGUUCUCAAGCGGGCGCCCGAAGGGCGCCCCGCAAUUGGAGACGCCCAGCGUCACGCUGGGCGCAGAAUUCGGCAGAUCUGGCAGAUUUGGGUCGCCCAGCGACCCAGUGUGCCCAGCGUGCCCAGCCCAGCCAUGUUGGGAACCCUUAUAAACUGUUCUAGUAUAUAUUUUUAUACACAGUCACAGAUUAUACAACUUGUCUCUGUUUCUUUCUACAUCCAUGAUAAAUACUCGACACGAUGAUCACGUUGGUUCGACUGCGUGUACUAGAAUCAUGUGAUUCUUAUUUCGAAUAUUUUUCCGAAUCUACUACGAUAACAAACUCCCUGAAUAUUUUGGAUAUUGAUAUUCGUCUUUCACGCUACAAAAAGCCUCUCACUCCCACAUGCACAUGGCAGGCGCAUCCACCGUUGUCGGUUGUCUCAUUUCCAAUUGUCGAGUCUGGAGGAGAUCAUGAAAAAAAAUUGUUUGAUGUGCGUCGAGUGCGACGGCCCAUACGAAUUCCAUGAAGUAAGCAAGGCGAGUGUCAGCUUCCAGUGCGAUGACGAUACGGGGCAGUCCUCAUCAAGCGGAGCAAGUGGCUCUGCACUCGGUCCACCGCCUGGUAUAUGGAUGGUGAUGUUCAUGAGUAAGUACAACUAUGCCAAUUUUUGAUCUAGAAUAUGAAUCAUCAACCCCCCUAUGCUGCUUACGCGUUUUUUUCUGUGGUUCGUACAUAUUAUGAGUGUUGUUGAGUAAUGAUUUGUACUCGCUCCUGCUUAUCUCUUUUGUGCACAAUGAAGUAUCAACACGGCAAUGGCAUUUGUGGUCUCAACCUCCACAGAUACGGAAGGCAUGCCAGCAGCCGAACAGGAUCGAAAUAUGCUAAAAGAGAUAAGGACAUGGAUGCUGGAACAACCACCUGAUGCUCGAGACGGAAAGACAGAAGAAGCAGUCCAUGAUUGGGUAUACGAAAAUAUUCUUCAUCUAUUUUUCGACCGCUAUCAUUGGACUUCCGAUUUUUAGUGACUGAAACUGCAUCGCUUGUUCGUCUUUAUCACGAUUUUACUUUUGGGGUCGAAAAUGUUCUACUUCGGCUUUGGCUUUGCGUCACAUAGCUAGGAUGUAGAUUGACUGUUUCUACGUACUUCUGCUAGAUCAACAUGAGUCCUCGUGUAUUGCAAGAUCUAAAAAAGAGACGUCUACCACCAGGUUGAUGCUCUGGUGGAGGAGUAUGAGAGCGCUGGCGCUGACAGCGAGGAGAAGAUGUCGCCGAUCGUGGAGGCGAUUCAUGCUUUACCGGGUGGCGCGCUAUAUAACCUUAUGAAGUCACGGUGGCGGCGUUUCCGCGAGGAGGGGGAGCUACUCAUUUUGAGAAAGAUAAAUGCGAAAUUCGAUUUGGAGAAAAUGGUUGUCAAGAAAAAGGACGAUGACGACUUCUACAAAAACCUAGCAAAGUUAAGCCCUGACGCUGGUCGUCGUGGUUGCGCUGUUUUCAAAGUCCUAUGUAUAGUAUACGAUAAGUACAAAUACAUAGCAGCAUCGUAGUAAAAUUGUUCUGAUGCUGAUAUCAUCCUGAUUUACGGCUAGCACGUAGUAUUGCUUGCUGAUCAUGGUCGACAGCUAUUUUUUAGUAUGCUUGUAAUAUAGCUUUUGUUGAGAAUCAUACUCCAUUAGUUACUCGCUGGCUUCGCUCCCGCCCAGGUGUGUCAUUCUCGUUGGAUUUUCGACGAGACAACACAAGCAACACGCGCCCCGGGUUUUCUUUCACAAUAUAGCAAAUUGCUAGUCUUUGCCAAGGCCCUGCGCCUUCUUUCCCAUGCUCUAGCCCUUCGCGUUUGCUGUGGCUAUCGCCCCUUUUGUUUCACCUCGCUGCCCCCACGUCCUUGCUUGCGUUCACCUUCCUUGCCUCCACUCCCUUGUCUUCAUUUCCUUGUCCCCACCUCCCUGCUUCCACGUCCCUGCCCUCACCUUAUCGCCCCCACCUCCCUGCCCUCACCUCCUUCCUCCCACUAAUUUACCCCCACCUCCUGUUCCCCACUUCCUUGACUGCACCUGCGUGCCCCCACCUCCUUGACGGCGCCUGCGAGUCCGCACCUCCUUGACAGACUCGACUGCACCUCCUUGACCCCACCUCCCACCUCCUUAUCUCCACCUCUUUGACUCCACCUCCUUGACUCCACCUGCCUGCUCCCGCCUCCCUAUACCCAUCUCCUUACUUCCACUUUCUUACCCCCACCUCCCUGCGGUAUCUGCACUGUGUUUGCUUUCACUGGUGUGGCCUGGUUCUGUGCUUGGAGAUAAGCCCCAACGAGUGAAACUACAACUGGCGCACCAACCGGAUACGUUUCAAUCUGUACGUGGACGCCUGUCGCUUAUCGGGCCCCCAGGCAAGCAGACCAGGCUCGUUCUGGGGCGGUUCCAGCGUGUUUCAAAGCUUAGGCUUUCUGAUACGUUACAGGAAAUCUGUUGCUGUUUCGCUUUCGUGUAAGGGUUGCGAAUGGUUGGCCAUGGGUAGCUAUAGGCUGGGAAUAUAGUUCAGGGCUGUCAUUCUCGAUCUUCAGAAAAUGUUGAGUCUUAUGGUUAGCUAGGUAGUACUAUUUAAGCUAAGGAAAAAGUUUUACGCCGUAAAUCCUCUUCGCUUUCCGCAAGCAGCCCACGACCAGAUCGGCUGACUCCAACUAGCUGCUUCGUGUUCUUAUUGUUGAUUCUCAUGCGUCGCUCCUAUUCUUAAUUUAUUCUAAUUCUUACUAGAGUUAAGCGCCUGGUAGCACUCAUUUCACUAGAAUCCUCCACCCUCUGCACGCACUUCCCCCGCCAUUGCGUGGCACCGCUUACCCGGCCCCUUGCCUGCGAAGUUGAUCGAUGGAACAGCACAAGAGCUGGGCUCUUGGCGGCCUGGCGCUAUUGGAUAGGCAUGCCUGGAAAUGGCAGGCCCGGGAGCUUGCUGAUCUUCCGCUGGGUUUGACAUCUCUGCGCUUGCGGAAGGCUGAAGCGUUCAGCUUCGACUUUAGCAAGUUUGUCCGAAAUUCAAUUCCUUGGAUUUGAGAGUAGCAAGCCGCUCAGCCACGCAACUUCUUUGCUUUGAAUUUCUCAAAUCCAAAAGCUUUCGACUUUAGCGGGCUUUUCUCAAAUCCAAAACUUCCUGGACUUGAAUUUCUCAAAGCCAAAAGUUUCUGGCUUUCGCUAGUUUUCCUGAGAUUCAAUUUCUCGGAUUUUGACAAGUUUGCCGCGCAUUCACUUUCUUGGGUUUGAAUUUCUCAAAUCCAAAAGCUCUCGGCUUUGACAAGUUUCCCGAAAAUUCAACUUCUUGGAUUUUGAAUUUCUCAAGACCGAAAGUUUUCGACUUUAGCAAGCUCCCCUGGGAUCCAACCUCUUGCCUUGCGUUUAAAUUUCUCAAAUCCAAAAACUUCCGACUUUUUUUAGCCAGUUCAUUUUUCUGAAAUUCAAUCUCUUGGAUUUGAAUCGCCCAAAUCCGAAGACUUUCGAUUUCGGCGAGUUUUUCUGAGAUUCAUCGCAAUCCUUUGGAUUUGCGUUGCGAUUUUCUUUUGGCAGGUUUUUCUGAAAUUCAGCCUCUUGGCUUUGAAUUUCUCAAAUCCAGAAACUUUUGACUUUAGCGAGCUGCUCUGCCAUUCAACUCCUUGGAUUUGGAUUUCUCGAAUCCAUAUAGGUUAUCGACUUUGGCAAGCUUUUCUGGCAUUCAAUUUCUGGGGUUUGAAUUUCUCAAAUCCAAAAGCUUCCGACUUUAGCAGGCUUUUCCGGGGUUCAAUUUCUUGGAUUUGAUUCGCGAGCCCUUAUAAGUUCAGAGGAGCCUGCGUAAGUUCCUAAGUAAGUUCUUAAGUAAGUUCCUAGGUAAGUUCUUAAGUAAGUUCAUAAGUAAGUUCAUGAGUUCGCGGGUUCAUGAGUUUGGGGUGAGGGUGUCGGGGCGUUUGCAUUUGGAGACAUUGACUCUGGAGAGUUUGAGUUUGGAGCGUUUGACUUUGGAGAGCUUGAGUUUGGAGAGUGCAAGUCGGGGGGGUUGUUGUUAAAUUUUUUUAGGUCUUUAAUAUUCUUCGCCCUUUUUCUUAUUCUUAAUUUUUAUUCUGAGCUUUUAGUUACUUGCCAAAGCUGAACACUUAUUAAUUAGCUAAAGCUGAACACUUACUAGUUAAAGUAGUUGUACAUUUACUAGCUAAAAAAGUUGAAAACUUACUAGCUAGGGCUCGACGCUUAUUAGUUAAAGUCCGACGCUUACUCGGUCGAGUUCGACGCUUACUCGUUAAGCCUCGACAUUUACUAGCUAAAAUUCGACGCUUACUAGUUACAGUCAAACUCUUAUUAUUAUUAGUUAAAGUUCGACGCGGCUUACUCGUUAAAGUUCGGCGCUUACUAGUUAAAGUUCGACACUUCCUAGCUCGACUCCGAUAGUUACUAUACUAGUUAGAUACGUCCGGCGCUUAUGCUACUAGAUAAAGUUAUAUGUUUACGAGAAGUUAAAGGUGUACACUUGCUAGUUAUAAAAUGGAACUUGCUAGCUAAUAUAAGCUUUGCAGUGGUUUUUUGUGUUUUUGGUAUGAUUUUGAUGAGACUGCGCAAAAGUUUGAAGUUGUUUUUUAUGAUUAUUUUCCAUGAUGUUGAUGAAGAUAUGAUUUUUGAGUGACGAAAAACUGAGGAGACGAAACGAAACAAGGAAACAUGUAUGACAUGACGUGACUCCAUGAUAAUAUUUCAUCAAAUCACUUUUGCCUUGUAGUAUUGGUUUCUAAUUUGCGGCGUGAACAAGAAAGGAGGGGGGAUGCAGAAAAACAACAGCACGAGCUCCACAGGUUCUGGCGGACCCGCGUCAUCGAAGAUGCAGGCGCCUUUCUUAUGACAGUCUGGUGAUUCCUGAUGAGACGUCAAUGUAAUUAGAAGGAAUACAGAUGUUGCUUCCUGUUCUUCCUAUUGCAAUUGCGCGGAAGAUCCGGAACAUCAUACUUGACUAGUAGAUCAUUUACGGAACCUUUGACAAUUUUGAACUUUCUUUCUAGACGCUCUAGUACUAGCAGCACGUUGACUUAUAUUUUUUGAUAAUUUCUCUAGACUACUUAUUAGCUCUUAGCUGCAUUUGGUUUUGGAAUUGGAUAUCAUUAUGAUUACAUAUAUGAAACAAGAUCAAGAUCUGUUGCUCUAAGCGUUGCUCCUCCGGAUAGAAGUGAGCCACCACAGCAGCGAGCCGGCAACUCAGGCGGAGGCGGAGAUCAGACGCGAGGACGCGACUCGCCUAGGAAAACAAGGGAAGAUGAAAGUUCGAUGCACCUGACACCGUCGACAGCGAUAGGAACCGCGAGUGUAACCCUCGCUGACCCCGCCCCCAGCGUCAAGGGCACCGCCACAGGGACAGCAUCCAGCGAUCAUCAAGUUUUAUGAAAGAAGGAAUUGGAAGUAGUGUAGCAACUCUAGCAGAAAAUGUGGACAUGAUUAUGUAAGUGUACAAUUUCAAUCGCAGCAAUAUUAACAAGGAGCAACAAGAAGAGUCCUUGACUUUUGUUGUUGUAAGGAUUGAUUUGUCGCAGUCCCUCAGGUUUCUCCAACUGGUCAACAUCGGAAAUAGCAGCACAUCUUCAUGAUGAUGAAGAUAUGUCUUACAAGAAAUGCCAGAUAUGGUACAACGAAUACAACUAGCACGACCACGAGUGCUCUUCACUAAGGAAAUAGCACUUCUUUCUAGUACGAAGAUUGGAAUUAUAUAACGCUCGGCUUUCAUAUCCUCCUUCGGCGUUAGCCACCAAGCGUGCGGCUGCAGCUGCGCGGCGCAAGGCGGCCGCUAAGGAGAACGCAUUUAAGUAUAAUCGAAAAGUGUUGAAUGUUUUAGCCCACAAGUUGCACGAGGCUUUUGUAGAGGCAGGGUUUGAGGAGGAAGACGAAGACGCACCUUGGAUCGAGGCUGCUGAAGACCAGUUUCUGGAAAAUUGGAUUCUUGAUCAGUGCACGAGGCGCGAGCUGAAGCUUCAUGCAUUCGUCACGGAAGUCGUGGUACUUACGACCACUGAUCGAUGCAUACUAGUGCUGUCAUCCUGCUUAAUUCUUACCUACUUUUUGUGGAUGUUUUAGUACAGAUGAAUUAUAGCCUUCGCUUACUAGUAUCACGCUAAAAAAUCUGAUUUCAUUGUUCUUGAGCGAUAUCAUCAUUUCAUGAUGAAACAUUUCCAGUCGGGCGAUCUUGAUAUAGAUAUAUCACCUGGUGACAACCAACCCACGAAACCCCAGUAGCAAAAUUCGUUUCGGUCCCCCCAACAUUCAGAGUGAGGCUGGUAGCAUGCAGUGGGAUGCGUUUUGUAUGCAGUGUGCUUUCGGAAGGGCGAAGCUUCCACGACAGGUCGACUCAGUGUACCUGAUACAUUUUCUAGCUUUCGUUGGGGAUCGCGCACCAGAGACACUGUGUCAGUCGGAUGCCGAUGGCUUACUUCCGACUGCGAUGCGGUUAGCGGGAACGGAUUUGAUGGAAGGCCGCGGCUUAGUUCCGGAAGCAGAGCGCCGAGCGCAAGCCGAGAUCCUUCACCAGAUGGCGCAAGAUCGAGAGAAAGAACUCGAGAGAGCUCGAAAAGAAGAUUAAGAAUGCAUUAUAGUUUUUUGAUGCUUUUCUCCUGAGGGGUAGCAGGUGACUACAUACAGCUAGUGACUCUGGCGAGCUUCAAUAAGAGUACAAAACCUUGUGAGUUUUUCCGAUUUUGAAUGCAGCUGAGAAUUGUGUAUUUUUGGGAGAAAAAUCAUCCAUCACUCUAAGUUGCGCAUGAGAGAAGAAAAGCAGAGCAGCUUGCGGUAUGGAAGGUAAUUCGCCUACGAAAAAGCUUCUCGUAGUUGAAGCCAAAAAAAUAAUUCUGCUCAAGUAGAUAGUUGUCUAGCUAUUUAAGCUGUGCUAUGUGAAUGGAGGGAGUGGGCGGAGACGUGUCGGCCUGCAGUUCGUGGGCGGGUCGGCUGGGUGAGUCGAAAAGCAGCCGAGAGGCUGCUGUGCGUGAUGGGAUCCCCGGGAUCCGCCUCAGCCCGCCGGCUUUGGGUGUUUCCUUGUGUAGCUUUGUGGCUAUCAUAUUCGAGGCCCGCCGCUGACGGUUUGGCGAUGACCUGGACAAACUCGAGGCUUUUCGAUUCUUUGGAUGGGGCCGAGCUGCGACCUUAUAGAAAGUGCAACACCGAAGGGGCCGGGCCGAUUGGGCUGCCUCAGUUUGUUCACACUUUCUGCCAGCUCGACGCGUCGCGAUGAUUGUGGCGAAGCUUUCAACAAGGGGCUCCAGGGGGUCCAACGCUUCAACCAGUUUGCGGGGAAUCUGUAGGCCGUACGGUGUUGCAGGCCCGUCCCUACUAGUACUGUGGGGAUUUUGCUGGUGAAAAAUAGCCACGUGAAGGCGCCCAAGAAUUUUCUGGGGUUUUUUGGGAGGGCUCGAGAGGUCCUCCGCUGGAUCAUGCGGCGACGCUAGAGAAGCGGCAGCCUUUGAGAGCUUGCGCCGCGCAGGUUCCCCCUGUUUUUCUUUGCUCCAGAAUCGGCCUGCUUCGCUUCGUCUCUAGAAGUGGCGCCCACGCUCACGCCACUUCGUUCUGGGCUGAUCGUUUUCUUCUGCUUUUUAUCUGCCAUUGCCAAAGCCGCACGACCAUAGCCGCAAAGCCAGGCACCGCACCCCCCAAGCAACGCAUUCGUUAGGAAGGCCGUUCGCCUAUGGAGUCGGUUUUGCGCUUCUCACUCGAUUGGCUCUAAAUCUGGGGGGUUGUGGCAGUUGUGUCCUGCUGUGGCCUAGGCUGUGGGAGUUGUAUCCUGAGUUCGUUUUGGGGGCUGCGUCUUGAGUUGCGGAAGCUGUGAGCUAAGUUCUUUGCUGCAGCCUUAUGAAAAAGUCGAGCUUUAUUCUUUGGCAGUUCGAAUUCGAACACCAUGAGACCCCGGGAAAUCGCGUGAGCUUUGUGGUGUUCAAAUUCGAACAGCCCGAGAGCGGAGCUGGGCCUCUUCGUAUGCUUUCUGUCUGCGCACAACUCGCCACAACUUUCGCAAGAACUUCCACAACUUAGAGAGCAGCCGCCACAACUCCCACAACCCAGGGCGCAACUUUCACAACUUUCCACAACUGGAAAAGAAUAAAGCGCAGCUUUUUCGUAGGGUUUUGGUCGUUCUAAAUUCGGCACGCGCCAGGGGCCACCGGUCACGCCAUGGAUGCGCAGCAGCCUCGCGUCUGCUCUUCGACUCACCCAGCGAGCUGACCUACCCACGAACCGGAGGCCGACACGUCUCCGCCGGGUCCAUCCAUGGCACAGCUGAAGUAGCUAGGUAACUAGCUAAUUAUGCACUAGCGCUUAGAAGGUGCUAGAUCACGAAGUAGUUUGCCGCUGGCCGCCUCAGAGACUCGACGGAAGUCCUCCUUACAAUUUCACUCCAUAGAAAUACUGACCUUAGAAAGUAGUCCCAGGUUCGUCUUCUAAUUAUGCAGAAUUUUCUUUUGGCUUCAACUACCUAGUAGGAGUAGCGAGUUUUUGUAGGUGAAUUCCCUUCCAUAUGCGGCGGCGCGGGAAGAAGAGGAAAUCGCAAAAAAACGAGCGCGCCGCAUCGAGGAAGAAAAAGAGUCAAAAAAGAAGUCUUCUUCACCUUCACGUACAAGCAUCGACAUCGCGAGCUCGGGAAACGGAAGCUUGAGCAAAACAGUAAGCAUGGAAGUGGAAACAGACGCAAUAACUAGCGGGAAAACAAGUUCUACUAGCAUAAUUAAGGGCGUUGGACUUGGAAAUGCAUCUCUCUCCAAACUCAUUUUCUGGAGGAAGGUACAAGAGGGAACAGGCAUCCACCAGACAAUUUCUCAGAUGCAUUUCCUACUGCUUUAAGAUAAAGACGAGCAGCAAAGGAGAGCCACAGAUGAAGACAAGCGGCCUACUGGGAGAGGAGUGCAAUGACGUGUUGCGUGGAGCUGGUGCCGAGCUUGUGUCUUACAGGCCUGGAGCCUGCCCGCCCACGAGUUCGUCGUCGUCUAGUAGUUCCCUCCUCCACAAUUAUGCUGCAGAUUCGAUGUUUGCGCGUCCACCCUUCGAGCAUAUUCGGCAUUUGUCACUUGAAUUUUACCAGUAUCUGGUGGUCGUCGAGGCGGACUAUUCGCACACGACGAAUUUUCGAAUGCGGUGGCGCGAUUUCGUUGGCGUAUUGAUCGCCCCACACGAAGAGGCACUGCGCCAAAGCGUCGCGGAAAUGGCAGACGGAAAGGAAGCGAGCGUGAAAGCAAGUGCACUAUUCAUGCGGACGCGCAAACGCCUGGGUAUAUCGUUCGAAAACCCAUCGCGGUGGAGCAGCGAAAGUCUGUACCUGUCAUUUCUUGAUGUAGCGCGACUUCUUCCCGAACCUGGAUGGAAGUGCUGUAAGAGCCCCAGCUCAGGACGAAUAUGGUGGAUGAAUCAGGCUUCGGGAGAGUGGUUCUUCGAAGACGCUCCUGCGCAUGCCAGCGGCUGGGUUCGCCGCCGAUGUGUUCUGCUCGAUAAUCGAGUCGAGUACUGGUUUGAAAAAGUCGCCGGCGCAGAGAAAGGUCGAUGGUUCCAUGCAAGCAUGUUCUGUUCUGCGACUCGUCUGCAAGCGACCACUUCUGGUAUCCCUUGUGGUUAACAAACGACGUGAUCUACUUUGUUUAACAUUUUAUUUUAUCUUUUUUUUCAGUUUCAGACCACCACCACGACCAGGUUGUUCGACGAUGAAAAAACGUUGGUUUUCUCAACUAGGUAAUAAAACUGCCACGGUGGCGACAGCGACAGCGUAA